AUGUUCAAGUUAAAAGGAUUCAGUAUUUUAAUUUUAUGGAUUUUAAUGUUUUUAGUUGAUUCAAAGCCCAUAGGAAUUUGUAAGACAUAUUUUUCAAUAAUUGGUAUUGAAGGAAAUUCAUUGAAUGGCCAAGCAUUAUGUAGUCGAACAGAAAUUCCUUUUGUUUACUUUGUUCUCAAAUGUAACGACAGUAACAGUUUAAAAUGUGCCAAAAAUGUCCAAUGGUCAGCAUUAAGCGUUUGUGAUAAAGCCAAUGUUCAUCACGAGGAGAUUCCAGUUACUACGGCUUUAAAUACAAUAGAUACAAGCGAGUUAUCCAUGGAAUUAUCUUUAUUCAUUCAAACUGAAGAUGAAGUACGAUCAGUUGAUGAAUUUACUAUCAACACAAAAGUUGACCCAAAUGAUGAGAAUCUGAAAACAUUUGUAGAUUCUGUUGGUAAACUUCACAAAACACAGCUAGAAGUAGAAUUCCAUCGAGUGUGUAGUUUACCAGAUAAACUUAAAAGCCCACGUCAAGUAAUAUCUUAUCUAUUACGGAACCAUCCGAAAAGAAGACGAAAACGAGCAGCUGCUACUUUGGAGUACGCCGAUCCAGGUCUGUCGGAGUUACAACCAAGUGUAUCGUCAAAUAAUGGAAAUCCGUAUCUCAGAGAUCCCUUUCCAUUAUCAAAGACUGAUACGGAAGUAGGUGUUGGACAGAUCAACAAUGUACUGCCUUACCAAAGGCAGACAACCACUGAAGAACCUUACAAACAAUUCUGGAGCAAGAUAGCGAAGUUUAGUCAAGUAAAUACCACAACUGAUUCUGCCCCAUCUAUAACAAUUGGUCUCAGGAAUCCCUAUGUAACACCAGCUAAGACAUUAACUCCAUACCCAGGAUCCUCGAAGAGUACAUCUGCAUUAAAUGAGCUUUUGUCAAGAGAUAAAAUAUUCUCUGAUGUUGUUAAUCAGGAUACCUUUACAGUACCAUCGACUUCAUCAAAUCCCAGAGUAACAGCAAGAUUCAUUACUAGACCAGCUGUAACAGUACCAUCAACAACUUCACCAUCAUCUUCUUCUAGUAUGUCCCGACUAUUAAGUAGCACAUCAGCUACUACUACGUCAAUAACGACUGCGAGAAAAACACCAACACCACAAACAUCACCCACAACAUCACCAACAUCAACAACAUCAACAACAAGUCAGACAUUCACAACACCAUCAACUACCUCAACCACAACCAUUUCUAGCCCUUCUACAACACUUGAAUUACCAACAAGUUCGAAGUCAAUAAAACCCCAAACACCAAUUCCAACAUUAACAACAACAACAACAACAAAAACAACACCGCCACCACCAACAACAACAACAGCAACAACGGAGAAACAACAGUCAGCGUUAUCAACCAGAGUUCAGAACACAGUAACAACUUCACCAACAACUACCAGUGUACCCAGAACGACUAAGCAAACAACUGAGAUGGUUACAACAAAACAACCAACGUUAAAACCGAUGGUUGAUGAUGUAACAGAGAUAUCAACGACGAAAGAAGAGAAUACGACAGAAAACAGAAUUAGCACUGAACCAAGUAUUAAUACCCCACUACCAUCAGGUGAAACAGACACAUCAGCUAGUUCUAGUUCUUCUCGGAUGGAAGGCAGUGGAACAGAUACGAGUGGUGGGGAUGAUAAUUUCUGGCCAAUUGUAGCAGCAAUGGUAAUUGGUAUUCCAUCAGUGAUCGUAUUUGCAAUAGCUAUUACAGUUAUUCAUAAGAAGAGGUUAGGUAGAGCUCCUCGUUUUAUGUCAUCAUCUAUGUAUCCAUCGCUCUAA